GCAAAUCUUCAAUUUUACUUCCCCUUCCUCUUCUUCUUCUUCUUCUUCUUCUCCAUCCAAUUCUUGAAAAUAAUUAAUUAAUUAAUUGUUAUUUUUCUUUAAUUCUGUAUAUUUUUUGAUGAUUGCUGUUGUUGUUGGGCAAUCUAGCUAAGCUUAGCUUGAUGUUCGAAAUCGAAAGAUUAUUGUUGUUGUUGAUUUUUGAGAUUCAUGUCUGCAAUUCUGAGUGAACUUUUGGUCUCAGGGUUUAUGAUAAAUUCGACAUACAGGCGCAGGACCCAUUUAGUUCAAUCCUUCUCUGUCGUCUUUCUCUACUGGUUUUAUUACAUUUCAUAAUUCUUCACUUUCCCUCUUUUCUCCAUACUAAUAAUACAUAUCUCUAUAUCUACAGUUUUUAUAGUUAUACAUAUAUAUAAGUAAUUUGAGAAAAAUCCAUCUGGGUCCUGCUGCUAAUAGAAUAUUAUAGUAAUUAAUUUGUGUUGUAAUAAAAUUUUAAAAAUAAAUUAAUUGGAUGGAUUCGUCGUCUUCACAUUCGUCGGGGCUUCAGAACUCCGGCUCGGAAGAAGAUCUGCAGCUGAUAAUGGAGCAGAGGAAGAGGAAGAGAAUGAUCUCGAACAGGGAGUCGGCUCGGCGGAGCCGGCUAAGGAAGCAGAAGCAUCUCGACGGCUUGAUGGCUCAAGUGGCUCACAUCAGGAAGGAGAAUCAGCAGAUUCUUACAACGGUUAAUCUUACCAAGCAGCAGUAUGUCGCUAUACAGUCUGAAAACGACAUCCUUAGAGCUCAGCUGGCUGAGCUGACCCAGCGGCUCAACUCCUUGAACGAAAUCGUUAGCUGCCUCAGCGCCGGAUUUGAGGACUGCGAGCCGGCGGCUUAUGGGAUGACGAUGAUGAUGCCCAGCGCCUGGAAUUGUUUCAGCCAGCUGCCGAGCAUUGUGGCGGCGGCUUCAGCCGACGCCGCUGGGUUCCUGUAUUGAAGAUAAUGGGGGAAUAUUAUUAUUAUUAUUAUUAUUAUUAUUAUUAUUAUUAUUAUAGAUGCCAAUUUUUGAAUAAAUAUUAAUUAUUAGUAUUAAUUAUCAGACUAAAUAUUAGUAGUAAUAUUGUAAAAGGGGAAUUUAUAUGAUGAAAUAAAAAUAGGUAAAUUAGGGUUCGUCAAGAACUUGGAUGAUUGUACUAUGGUUUCCCCAUACAUUAUGUAAUUAUUGUUCUUCUAUUA